UCGUUUAUUGCUUCUUUUUGUUAUUGAAAGUCUUUAGAAUUAAAGGUGAAUGCUAUGAUCUUUUAACACUUGGGUUUCUUUCUAAAUACUGAAAUAGACUUAAAAUGGAAUGUUUUUUACAAUUUGGAACCCUUUUUACAACGUUGGAUAGUUAUGGUAAUAUGUUCUGUUCAACGGAAGUCAAAUUCAUGAUAAUGGCUUCCGUUUGAGUAGAGUGUUAGGAGUCUAACGUUACAUGCAUGGGACCAUUUUUUAUGAAUAGCAUGCAAAGUUUGAAUGAAAUAAACGCGGAAUCAGUGAAUUUGAAAUGUUGGUUUGAAAUUGAAGCUUUGAAGUUUAAUUUGAUUGUUCUAUGAGUAGUUCAGGGAGAAGGGCAACAUAUACUGCAAUCUUUUGUAGGGGUGGAUUUGAGCUUGAAUAGAAGCCAUAUUCCCAGUUCGAGUUUGAGCUUCAGCUUCUGCUUGUUUGAACUGGUGUACACUGUACUCUGUCACCAAAGUAUAGUUGGGGUUGAACAGUGUAACCAGCAGGAUAAACAAUGUCAUUGGAUGGACGAACGAUUCAAUUUUGAGUCAAGCUAUUGAGUUGGAGCUCUAACUUAAAAUUGACUUAUUCAAGCCGAGCUUUGAAUUCGAUCCGAGAUUCGGAUCGAAUCCACCCUAAUCUUUUGCGUAAGAUAGAGAUGUAGUUUAUCUGUAAUUUCAUUUCUUAAAUUGCUGCUAGAUGGGCAUUUGAGGAUAAGGCGAAUACUGUAUGUGACAGAAAUAAAUUAGUUUAUGGGCUGUUUUAUGAUUCGCUGGUGUUCUAAUUGCAUGGUGAAUAUGUUUGCAAUUUGUUAUUCCAAGAAAGAACCAAAGAAAUGAGCUUGUGAUGCAAGUCUGAUUGCUUAUGUAGGUAACUUCAGAGAGUUCUGUAAUUGUGAAAGAAGUUAAUUUGGAAGCAUGGCCUCUGAAGGGAAUAAUCGCCCUUAUAUGUUAUCUGUCAAAGAAUCAUCUAGUGAUCAAUAUUUCUUGCUUAACUUCAUAAUGGGGACUUUUUUGGGUCCGGAUGUCUACUCUGAUAACCCAAGACGUUCAGCAUUUCAAAGAUUAGCAGAAGGUUUGCCACCAUACAGCUCAAAGAAUCUGGGCUUUUCAUUUGUUAGCAUUUCUCAGUUGGAAAGCUUAUAUUACUAUGUUCUUAGGAAUGCUCAUCCUAGUCUGGUCUUGAAACCUGAUGUUUUGCAUAUGUAUCUAAGAGGCAACCUGCCUUUGCCGAGCUCUGAGCUUCCACAGGACAGUUGGCAGUUCAUUAGUUAUUUUCCCACAAACAUUCAUGCGCACAAAAGGUAUUCUGAGAACCAUGAGAUUGUGAAGGGCAUUGCUCUUAUUGAUGAACCUGUUACGUCUUACAUGAAAGAGGAGGAUCUGGAGAGGUUCAAACGCUUAUCAAGUUUGGAUGACCUGAAAAUUGAUAUAAUCAAAUCCCUAUCUUACGAGCAUGGAUACCAAGAGAGCCAAGAAAAGGGAGGGCCAAAUUGUGUGAAAAAUAGUGGGAAGAGGGCUGCUGGCAGUAUUUCCAAAGGAAACAAUAAUUCAUUGGCAAAGUUUCAAGAAACAUUUAAGGAGUGGCAGCAUUGUAGUGCUCUUCCUAUUCCAGCAUUCUCCCAUGUUGUUUCUGCAUCAAAACAACAUAGUGAAGGAGUCAUCGAGAAUCCUUGUAAAGGUGAUGGACCUGUGAUGAUGCCCCUACUUAGUGUGCCAGAUGUGAAAGAAUGUGCAUCAGAUGCAUCUUUAACACUGACUGGGACUGCAACAAUGGGGAUAGCUGGACCACCAGUUGGUGUUGUGGACAUAGGUGUUAGCCAACGGGCUUAUUUUUUCCGAGUUGCUCUACCAGGAGUCCAGAGGGAUUAUUGUGAUUUCAGUUGUGAGAUUGAAUCCAACGGAAGGGUUCACAUUCAAGGAUCAACAUUAGGCGGAAAAACUAUUAAGAAACGAUCUCGUGUUUUCCAUAUCAAACUCCAGCAAUUAUGUCCAUCUGGAAAGUUCACACUUUCCUUCAGUCUUCCUGGACCUGUCGAUCCACGGCUGUUCUCACCUAACUUUAGACCUGAUGGCAUUUUCGAAGGAGUUAUCAUCAAACUCAAGUAAAAUAUGGUGUUUUGCUACAUCGGUGCAGCUCUAGAAUCCAGUAAUCUGCAGAAUGUAUGAUCUGAUAGCACUUUUGAAUUAGUUGCAUAAGCAGUUCAUACUUGUAUGUAAUAUUGGUUUGGCUCCUGUAAAAUCAUAUGCUAUGCUAUGCAUAAUUUUGAUUACAACAUUAUGGUUGAAAUAUUUGUAUAUGAAAGCCUGAAGAAAAGUAGAAAUCGGUUGGAUGGA